AUGCCGCGUCUGAGGCACGCAGUGGGCGACGAGGGCAAGGCCCUUGCCUCGCCACCGCGGAAGCCGCCGGUCCUCGCAUCGCCAUCGCGCACGAAGACGGCACCAGUCGCGCCACCAUCGCGCAAGAAGACACCGGCGGGGCGGGCACGGGAGGAGUCAGCGGAGGAGGCACCAUCGGCGGGCAUCUAUGUUGUCAACCGGCAGGCGGCGUACGCGUUUGUCAACGAGCUCAUCGACGAGUUUCUGGAGGACGAGAUUGUGCCGGACUUGCUCAUCGACGUGCUCUCGCAGCCGGAUGCCGAGUUUGAGGUUGGGUCGGAGCAGACCCGUGUCGAGGCUUGGCUUGUUGACGAGGUGGUGGCAUUGGUGGUGCCGGCGCUGGCCAAGCAGGUGGCGCUCGAGUGCACCGACGAGCUCGUCAAGCACUACUUUAUCAACAAGGCUGCUGCGCUGCCGGAUCCACACGAGGUCAUUGUUGGUGACGUCAUCGAGGCGUAUGUUGUGGCCGAGGCUGCCGCUGUGGUCGACGAGGCUGUUGCCGAGCUUGUGACCGAGCUGCUGACCGAGUCGCGAGUGAGCGACGCAGCCGACGCCAUCAUUGACGAAGUUGUAGCACCGAUGCUGGGCGACAUUGUGCGAGCGGCGAUCCUUGACAACGCCGUCGAUGGCGUCGGUGCCGAGCUGUACGACGAGCAGCUCGCAGCCUUUAUUGAGCUUGUGGCCGAGGAAGAGUAUGCCGCGGCACAGGGGCUCGAGAUGGCCUCGGGCCAGCGUCUGGAGUUUCUGCAGGUCUCGGACGUGGCGUCGUCCAAGCUCCUUGACGAGCUUAUCAUCAGCCAUCUGCUCAACGUGAUCGGUGACGGCGCUGAGAUGGCGCUUGUCGACGAGUACCUCGACCGGACACUCAACCAGAUGAUGGCGCGGACGCUGCUGGUGCGGACCGCGGACAUUGUCGACGCGCGCGAAGAGGUGACCGACAAUGUGUUUCUCGCCACCGUCCACGACAUGCUCACCACCGACAUGGCCAUCGCCUUUGUCGUCGACCGGAUGAAGGCCCUGGUUCCGUCGGCGGCCGCGGUACAAUUUGAGCGCGAGGCCGCCGCCAUGGAGGCGCGCGCGGGCCGGGAUGGCUCGUCCACCCGCCGUGCUGAGCUCGACCGCAACGCCCGUAUGUCCGAGCUCCGUCGCUGGCUGAGUCGCAACAACUACGACACGCCGUCGACACCGUCGACCCACGACGGCCGCGCUAAGAUGGUGGCCGACGCAGAGGCUGCCAGCCAAAUGCUCGCUGUCGCGCACACUCUCGCCCUCUCGACCGGCUCCAGCGGGCUGCAGCGCGAGCCACCGCCACACCCGCACGCGCUCCCGCGGCCCGAGCACGAAACCGUAGUCGAGAUCGAGGCCGACGAGCUGGACGAGCUUGAGAACGGCGAGAUCGAGUAUAAGCCGAGCCGGUACCCGAGCCCGAGCUAG